AUGUCUACGUUGCCGCUGAAGGCACUUUCACGUGUAUGGGGUCGGUUCAAUGAGUUGAAUAUUCCAUAUUAUCUUCGUGUCCCAGGAUUCAAAUUGUACUCCUUCAUCUUUGGUGUCAAUCUUUCUGAAGUAGAGGAGCCAGACCUACACGUCUUCCCCAACCUAGCCUCGUUCUUCUAUCGUACUCUCAAACCCGGGGCUCGUCCCAUUGAUCCAAACCCAAACACUAUUGUCUCACCUGCCGAUGGCAAGGUCAUUCAAUAUGGAAUCAUCGAGCAUGGUGAGGUCGAGCAAGUCAAGGGCGUCACAUAUAGCCUUGAUGCUCUGCUAGGCUCUGUUCGUCCUGCAAAGCCUUCCCAAGACACCGCCGAUCCGAAAACACAAGCCAGUGGAACACAUACAAAGGUUGGAGACGAAGAUGUCAUGCGCGCAGACGAGGAGUUUGCCCAAGUGAACGGUAUCUCGUAUACCCUUCCGAACCUUUUCUCUGGUCCCUGGCCCAAGGGUGGCAAGCCUUCCGAAAUGCCCACGGAUCAAUCCACGAAGGCAGCACCGUCAUCAGAAGCUGAAGUACGUGCUGACCUUGCCUUGAGCGAAGCGGAAAGGCCGUGGUGGGCGCCUGGGAACGCCGUCAAGACACCUACAGCUCUAUAUUACUGUGUCAUCUACCUCGCUCCAGGUGACUACCAUCGUUUCCAUUCUCCAGUAUCCUGGGUUGUUGAGAGCCGACGCCAUUUCGCUGGAGAAUUGUACAGUGUAUCACCAUACCUGCAGCGAACUCUCCCUGGUCUCUUCACUCUUAACGAACGAGUAGUAUUACUCGGUCGCUGGAGAUGGGGCUUCUUCUCUUACACGCCAGUAGGUGCUACUAAUGUUGGCUCUAUCAAGGUAAAUUUCGAUCGCGAAUUGCGCACAAAUUCUCUUACCACCGAUACUGCCGCUGAUCGAGCUGCCGAAGAAGCAGCAAAACGAGGAGAGCCUUACUCAGGCUUCGCUGAAGCUUCAUAUGAUGGAGCCAGUCGUUUGUUGGGAGGACAUGCACUCAAGCGUGGAGAAGAGAUGGGUGGCUUCCAGCUCGGUAGUACGAUCGUACUCGUGUUUGAGGCGCCAAAGGGAACCAGGCCUAGUCUUGACGAGGGCUUCAAGGGCGUCCGCCACGGUGGCUUCCGAUGGAACUUGGAACAAGGCCAGAAAGUUAAGGUAGGCGAGGCUAUAGGAUACGUCGAGGACGUUGAUUAG